AUGGCGGACACUAUAACAUUCACCGUUUUCAAGGGCGAUAAGUCUGGUUCGCCGAAACAGGCGACUACGACCAAGCCCAGACAGCUCUCAGGGGACGACGUCCUUAUUAGAGUCACGGCAUCUGGAUUAUGCGGAACUGAUCUUCACUAUAGAACCGAUGACAUGGUCCUAGGACACGAGGGUGUGGGUGUAGUCGAAGCCACCGGACCGGCUUGUAAGCUACUCAAGAAGGGUGAUCGAGUCGGCUGGGGUUACGAACACGAUUGCUGCGGCUACUGCCAACAAUGUCUCACAGGAAACGAGACAUACUGCCCUCAGCGCGCUAUGUACGCCUGGGCGGACCGAGAUCAAGGCAGUUUCGCUUCUCACGCCGUGUGGAGGGAAGCUUUCCUCUUUAAGAUCCCGGAUGGGAUGUCCGACGAAGACGCAGCUCCUCUUCAAUGCGGUGGCGCGACGGUGUUCAACGCGCUUCACGCCUACAACGCCCAACAGACAGAAACCGUCGGAAUUAUGGGCGUCGGAGGUCUUGGCCACUUGGCUAUUCAAUUCGCCGCGAAGAUGGGCUGCCGGGUUAUUGUUCUGUCCGGUACCGAGUCAAAGAAGGAGGAGGCGAUGCGAUUAGGGGCACACGAAUUCAUCGCCACGAAAGAUCAGAAAAAAUUAAAGGUAUCACAUCUUCUCAAUCGCUUAUUAGUUACCACUUCCGCCCAACCGGACUGGGACCAACUCCUCCCGAUUAUGGCACCCGGAUCGUCCAUCCACCCACUCUCCGUUACUGACGGCAACUUCGUGAUCCCUUAUAUGCCUCUAAUAGCGAAUGCUAUAACGAUCCAAGGGUCUGUUGUUGCUUCAAGAUAUGUUCACCAGCGUAUGCUGGACUUUGCUGCUCUACACAAUAUCAAGCCUGUGGUUCAGACCUUCCCGAUGACUGAGGACGGAAUUAAGGAGGCGAUGGAUAGAUUGGAGGAGGGUAAGAUCAACUUCCGUGCGGUCUUGAAACCGCAGUGA